GCCUUGGUCAUUCUCCCAGGCUGCGGUGCCCGAGACCAGAGAGCCUGCCUCCGCGCCCAGCCCUGCUGGAGAGAGACGAAGGAACCGGGCCCUACGCAGUGAUCUCCAGAAAUGGAAUGAUAGAACAGAACUUGUAUACAAGCCAGCAUUUGGAUAUGGAUACACAUUCAGCUGCCUCCUGUCCUUGCAGAGGUCAUGGAAGAAGUGACAUCAUGCUCCUUCAACAGCCCUCUGUUCCAGCAGGAAGACAAGAGAGGAAUCACCUACCGGAUCCCAGCCCUGCUCUACAUACCCACCACCAACACCUUCCUGGCCUUUGCAGAGAAGCGUUCUACAAGCAGGGAUGAGGAUGCUCUCCACCUGGUGCUGAGGCGAGGGUUGAGGACCGGGCAUUCGGUACAGUGGGGACCACUAAUGCCACUGACAGAAGCCACGUUACCUGGGCAUCGGACCAUGAACCCCUGUCCUGUGUGGGAGCAGAAGAAUGGCUGUGUGUACCUAUUCUUCAUUUGUGUGCGGGGCCAUGUCACUGAGCGUCAGCAGAUUAUGUCAGGAAGGAAUGCUGCUCGCCUCUGCUUCAUCUGCAGUCAGGAUUCUGGCUGUUCAUGGAGCAACGUGAGGGACCUGACUGAGGAGGUCAUUGGCUCAGAAGUGAAGCGUUGGGCCACAUUUGCUGUGGGCCCAGGUCAUGGCAUCCAGCUGCAGUCGGGGAGGCUGAUCAUCCCUGCGUACGCCUACUACAUCCCUUACUGGUUCUUUUGCUUCCGGCUUCCAUGUAAAGCCAGGCCUCAUUCCCUGAUGAUCUACAGCGAUGACCUAGGCACCACAUGGCACCAUGGCAGGCUCAUUAAGCCGAUGGUGACAGUGGAGUGUGAAGUGGCAGAGGUGACUGGGAGGGCUGGCCACCCUGUGCUGUAUUGCAGUGCCCGGACACCAAACAGAUGCCGAGCAGAGGCUCUCAGCACUGACCAUGGUGAAUGCUUUCAGAGACCAGCCCUGAGCCAACAGCUCUGUGAGCCCCCGCAUGGCUGCCAAGGCAGUGUGGUGAGUUUCCGGCCCCUGGAGAUCCCACAUGGGCUCCAGGACCCUACUGGCAAAGAUGCUCCUACCAGUCAGCAGAACCCUCUGCUGGACAGUUCCCUGAGGCUAGAGCUGGAAGCUGGAGCACUAUCAGAAUCCUGGCUCUUGUACUCACACCCAACCAGUAAGAAACGGAGGGUUAACCUAGGCGUCUACCUCAACCGGACCCCCUUGGAGGCUGCCUGCUGGUCCUCUCCCUGGAUCUUGCACUGUGGGCCCUGUGGCUACUCUGAUUUAGCUGCGUUGGAGGAGGGCUUGUUUGGGUGUUUGUUUGAGUGUGGGACCAGGCGGGAGUGUGAGCAGAUUGCCUUCCGCCUGUUUACAGACCGAGAGAUCCUGAGCCAUGUGCAAGGUGACUGUGCCAGCCAAAACCAGCUGGCUUAGGAUCCAACUUUCCACAGAAGGGAAAUCAUUAGAAGAUAACCACAGCCAGGAUAAUGGAGGCCAAGAUAACAGAGGUUACUGAAGCCUACAGGGAAUCCCAAAACUUAAUAUUCUGCUCCCUACCUUUUUUCAGCUCUCCGGAGAACAAGAUUUUACCAUAGCCUCUGCAGUUGAAAUAGCACUAAACUAUGUGAAUUGUGAGACCACGAUAUGAUCUUCAGCCUGUCACUGGCUGGCUCUUGGAUCUUGAACUCUCUGGGCCACAGGUCUCCAUCUGUAAAAUGAGAGGAUUGGUUCUGUGAUUUCUCUUCUUCCUCUCUCUAGGGAAGGCCGAGUGCCUGCUUGCUCUAUGAUCAGCAAGUCUUGGCUGCAUAUAGGACUCUGACCUCAAAAUGGAAAUCAGAGGACUCAUCUUUUCAAAUGACUCCCCCCUCAUCCAAGUGUGAGGUUACAAGCAGGUAUCAUGUCAUGAAGAAGGAUCUGGAUGGUUUGUUCAGUUUUUAAUAGCUGAAGAGCUUUACAUGCUACCCCAGAGGAACUGGGCAAAACAGUAGAAUCAGGGAGUCACCUACCUACUUCAGCUUUGCAGCUCUGGUCAACCUGCCCUUCCUCACCCAGAAAGUGUUAUUUCCUAGAGAGAAAAUGAGAGGCUCGAUACCCGUAGUCCGUAUUGUUUCUGAUGGCAUUACUCCUAUGAAAGAUGAACCUAAAGUUCAUUUAUGGUUCCUGAUGGGGAAAAGACAUGGCUUAGGGCUUUAAAGCAUUGGACAAAACUUCCCACAGUCUCUGCCCUCAAGGAGCUCACAGUUUAUGAGGCUAGAAUAGGGAGAAAAUUAAAAAAAUAAAUGCAGCUGGUGGGUUAGUUUGUAGAUGUUGGGCUUUAAGUUAGUGUAAUGGUAGCUCAUUGUCUUAGUUACAUCUUUAUUGUGCCUGGAAUCAUCUGCCCCAGGGCUUGCCCAGGCUGCUGGGUUUCCCCUAAGAUUUUUUUUUUUUUGAAUGUUGUCCUGGCCUACCUGCUCCAUUUGCCAGUGGAUAAGUCUCCACUCUUAGGAAGGUCCCUGGACCCUCCAAACCACUGAAUCUGGCCUAUUUGUUUGGCCCUACUGAAAUUACUAUUUGUGAAGUGGGGUGACACUUUAGUUUUGGGGCUGAACUGCCAGUACUGUGUAUCUCAAAUGAUACCAGA